AUGGCUGGUCUCGUUCAAGCAGGCGACUUGAUCAACUUUGGAAGACUUGCCUGGCAGGUUUACCAGUACGGCUGGCAAGACGAACAUAACGCAAGUAAGUUGCCUUUGUGCUAUGCAUCCCGGCAGAAUGCGACUUUGCGCUAUCUCGCAAGACAAUACUUUGAGUUUGGCAGAGAUGUCAAAGGCCUGGCUGAGAACCUCAACAUCCUGAGUCGAGUCCUUGCUCAAGCAAAUCAGUCACUUCGCGAGCAGGGCGCCUACAAUACGCCUGUCAGAUGGGACGAGGCAUCACUCCUUGAGAUCAUCGGCGGCGGUCCUGUGCGGAACAUUGAGUGGAAUGUUCUUGUACAGCCGAAUGCCGAUCGCCUGCGUCAGAGGCUGCUGCUUCACAACUCCAAAGUUCUCCUGGUUCUGAAGCCUUUUGAGAUUGACCUUCUUUGCCGAGUUCAUCAGGACUUAGCAGACAGGAUCCAAGCUGUACACGUUGAUCUACGUCGCCUUAUCGGUAUUCUUGUCCCCAACAUGGAGCAGGCGCUCGCCCAACAAGAAGUCCGCGAUAUUCACAUGCUUGAGAUUCCACCACGCGUGAGCGAAGCCUUUAGGCGAGCGGCCAUGCAAGAGAAGCUUGAGUAUGAAGACGACAUGAAUCUGGAUCUUGAGGAAAUGGCGGACGCUUUUGUUCUACACUAUGGCAACUCGACGCGCGACUUCGUUUCUGGCAUGUUAGUCGAGAACAGGGUACCGCGCCCCGAGCAGUACAUCAACCUCCUUAAAUGUGUCUGGUUAAUGCAGCGAAUCCGAGAAUCGCCCAAGUUGAAGCAGCCUGCUCCCGAGUCGCAUUGGCCGUCAUACGUCAAACAACUGGAAGAUGACCUUUCGUCCCAAUGCGAGCGUUUCGAGCCGAGGCAAGAACUUGUGGCGCCAGAUGUCAUGAGCCUGACAAGAGAUAUGCUCGAAAUUUGGCCUGAAAAAGAGCUGCCGCAGCUGAUCGACGUUGUGACGCGGGACGAACUUAUGGAAGAAGUCUUAGAGGUGCCUCUGAACGGGACAGCCAACAACGUGCAGCGCAACCUCCAGCUGCUGCGGCGAAUGGGAGCAGAUAACAGGCGAUUUCGGGUUAACCUAACAGGCGUCGAGCAGCCUGUUGCAGGACGAGCGCGCCGCCAGGCCGAAACGAUUGAUUUUGACAUCUCAACUGUCACCAUCAACCCGCUGUAUGCUGUGCCCUCUCCAAUAGGGGGCAUGGAUGUCAUCCUACGACGAGAUGAAAGAAUUGCCAGAUUGGCAUUCCAGAACCUCAAAGACAUCCUCAAAUUCCAACAGGCUGUGACGGGAUUCAAAACGUGGGCAUCGCACGUUCAGUUCAACGCUUUGGUGAGCUUCAUCAUAUCUGGAAGGAGGGACCCCAUUGUUGAGAAGGCUUGCAUUCAACUCUGGAUUCCGAAGCAGCUGGAUGGUAGACUUGUUACUGGCGCUGACGUGGCAGCUGAUGCAUCCACAUCAGCGCCCACUGAAGCCCCGUCACGAUCUUCGACCCUCGUUGCAUCACCCAUGAGCGGUACUUUGCCUUUUUCUCCAAACAAUGUCGACAGCAUUUUUACAACACCGGAUCCUUUCGGCGGUGCAUCACGCGUCAGCACGAUGCGCUCGCCGCCCUCGCCGAACCCUGGCGUCCAGCGGAACCCUCCUAGUGCAUCUCCGCGCCACCCUAUCAACAUCCCACGUCGACCCGUCGCCUCAGGAUCAGCAGCCUAUGGGAGUCCCCCCCCUCAGAGGCAACCCAGCGUGACGCUCUCGCCGUUUGCUGGGAGUCCACCGGCGUCCAAUGCCUUCCCUCCCGGCUGGUCCUAUGCCCAGUCGCCGCCUCUCGGCCGCUCUCCAGCUCGCGAUUCAAGUAUAUCAACGGUGCACAGCCGGACGUUUAGCAUGUCGAGCAACGCUUCAGUGACAGCGCAGUCCAACACGAGCUCAAGUGGCAGUGAUGCGCACACUGUCACUGUUUCCAUUGCCGGGCGCACCACCGGAGGCACGCUCCAUCGCAGGCCACCCAAGCCUCUGCUGGUCCUGUUCACCGAAAACCCGCAAACCGGCAAGCGGUCUUUCGUUGCUUUACCAUUGGACGAUGAAAACGCCGUGAUCAACCCAGCGCGCUGUCACUGCGGACGUGCCGGUCGUGACGGUGCCGCGUGCACUAUCGCGGCCCUCGAGAAGAGGGAGGGGCGCGUGGACUUGGAAGCGCGUCGAUUUGAGAGCACCAACGGCGAGGCUGACUGGAAUGUCGCAAAACUUGCGCUUGGGAGGCGGGAGGAAAGGGGCUACGACGAGGCGAUAUGGAGGAAUCUGAGGCGACUCAGCAUAAAUAACCGACUGGCAUACGACAGAUUCCCCGACGCAGCAUCAAGGGCGGUAUUUGGUGGGACGCCCGCGCAGUGCAGAUGCAGUACUCGGACAGAAGCAGAGCUCAACAGGUGUCUCAAACAAGGACACAAGGGGUUUCUGGGUGAAGUUCAGGAGUGGUAUAGACAGCGGGCGAAUCAGUACCACGCGGCGCGGUAUGAGUCUCAACAGCAUGUCGUCAAUGGAACUUUGAGUAGCCAGGUCCCUUUCUGA